AUGGCGAGCAACGAAUUACGACUCAAGUUUCUCUUUGCUAACCAAGAUGGCGUCCACGUCGUCUUGAGCUUUCCCAAGACAGCAACCGUGGCACAAGUAAAGACCCGUCUCAUGCGCAGUUGGCCUGAAAACGUGCCAUCUGUGAAAGACACGAAAGCGGUUCGAUUUGUUUGUAUGGGACGCGGUAUUUUACAAGAUACGCAAAAAUUGGGAUCUGCUGUUCCGGUCUUUGACACGCAUCCGACGCCUGUAAAUGUCUCGGUGAAUUACAAGCCUCAGCCGACGGUGCGAGAAGCUACACGGAGUCACGUUGCGACGAAAACGGAAGAAUUGACAGGAUGUGGCUGUGUCAUUUGCUAG